AUGACCAGCGAAGAAGAGAAGACAGUAUGUGUGACAGGAGCUUCAGGUUACUUUGCUUCAUGGAUCGUUAAGCUUCUCCUUCUCUGUGGCUAUACUGUUAAAGCCUCUCAUUUGCUUGCAUUAGAAGGUGCAAAGGAAAGGCUUCAACUGUUCAAAGCAAACUUGUUAGAAGAAGGCUCUUUCGAUUCAGCGAUCGAUGGUUGCCAAGGAGUUUUCCACACCGCAUCACCAUUCUAUCACGAUGUCAAAGAUCCUCAGGCUGAGUUACUUGAUCCAGCGAGAGUCGUCCUAACCUCAUCUAUAGCAUCUGUUGCUUUCAAUGGUAUGCCUCGAACACCUGAAACCAUUGUUGAUGAAACUUGGUUCGCUGAUCUUGAAUAUUGCAGAGCUGCCAAGCUAUGGUAUGUACUAUCCAAUACACUAGCUGAAAACGCAGCGUGGAAAUUUGCCAAAGAGAACGAUUUACAGUUGGUUUGGAUAAAUGCAGAAAUGGUGAUCGGUCCUCUUUUACAACCCACGCUCAACACUAGUGCUGCUGCAGUUCUAAGCUUGAUCAAAGGUAAAGAGAAAAGAUUCAGCAUUGGUUUGAUGCAGUCAUGUAUCCCAUCCGGCCGCACCAGAGCUCACUGUCUUCACACAGCUGCAAUCUUUCCAAACCUCCUCAAUGAAACCAUCUUUGCUAAACUCCCCCUGAGUCAAGGCUUCAACCUUCCACCUCUAGGAAGGUACAUCACCAUGUACUUCACCAAGUACGUCACCGAGUACUUCACCAAGUACGUCACUGAGUACUUCACCAAGUACGUCACCGAGUACGUCAACACCAGACGCACACCACAGAUACCAACGAGCACGUCACACCAAUGCACAGCUUGGUCACCAUACCUCAACGGACACACCAAAACGCUUGAUCACCCAAAAUAUGGAAGUCGUCGAGGUAUAACAAAAUAUUGA